GCACUGGUCAUCUCGUCCGCCAUUUUGCAGUCGAUUUUGCGAGUCCGCUGCUUCCAUUUGUGAGGCAGCGCGGGGUUAAAACACGUUUAUUUCGAGGCCUGUUAAAGUUUUUGAAAUAUUUUUCACGGGGGCAAAACGAUGGCAAACCCGUCGGGAGACGUUGAGAUGCAGGAGGGCGCAGAGGUCCGGAAGCUGUCGGAGCUGAGAGUCAUCGACCUGAAGGCCGAGCUGAAGAAACGCAACCUGGACACCACAGGCGUCAAGAGCGUGCUAUCGGAGCGCCUCAAAAAGGCGAUUGAGGAAGAAGGGGGGGAUCCAGACGAGAUUGUCCUCAUCCCGGACUCGAACCCUAAGAAAGCUACACCCAAGCGAUCCGCCAAAGAUUCCCGGCAAGACGAUGAAACGGACGACGGCCCUUUGGAAGAGGAUUCUCAUGACGGACAAGUAAGUUCCUUAAACAAAACCACCCUUCGACUGGAGUUAAAAGUGCUGCCUCUGUUGCUGAAAUGUUUUUUCUUUUGUGUCCUCCAUCAGGAUGACUUUCUGGAGGGACAUGAGAACAUGCAGGACAUGGACAUCCUGGACAUGAACGUUCUGGAUGAGACCGAGAAUGAAGUGGGGAUGGCAGGCGGGGAUCAUUUGGAAGAUGAAGGGAACAACGACGGAGGAGAUGACGACGCGUUGCUGGAGGAAGAAAACGACUUCGACGGGACGGGGCAAGAAUCUCAAGAUCCAGAGAAUCCAAAUGAUGGCGCUGAAGAAGAAGAAAAAACAGAGCCACUAAAAGAAGACCAGCACCAGAGCCCAGAAGAAGAGCAAGCCGCCGGAGGGGAAGACGGCGUGUCCAACGCUGGUGCCAAGUCCAGCAGCGCUGCAUCGGCAGACGGGGAUGACGCCAAAGAGGCCGGGGACGCCAAUGCCGUCCCAGAAGAGACACUUGACUCUGAAAACAAAAGCGCACAGGCUGUUAGUAUAAGCGAACAGGGAGGCUCGGGUGAAUCUGUUGAUUCAGAAAAGGGGGCUAAGAAGGGUGAGGAGGACGAGAAGACAAUGGAUGAGGCUGCCGUGGAUUCAACCUCAACACUGAAAGAGUCCUCUUCUGUAGAGGGCGAUGAUCAGAACAAGAGCGGUGAAGAAAAAGAGGCCAAGGCAGAGGCGAAAGAUGAAAAGGCAGCAGCAGCAGCAAACACUAGUAGAAAUCUGUGGGUCAGUGGUCUGUCCUCCACCAGCAGAGCGACUGAUCUGAAGGCCCUAUUCAGCAAACACGGCAAGGUUGUUGGCGUAAAGGUGGUGACCAACGCUAAGAGCCCGGGGGCUCGGUGCUACGGUUUCGUCACCAUGUCGUCCGCAGAGGAAGCCACCAACUGCAUCGACCACCUGCACAGGACGGAGCUGCACGGCAAGAUGAUCUUUGUGGAGCGGGCUAAAAACGAGCCUGCGGGUAAAAAGCCGGCUGACAAGAGUGACGCCAACAAGACCGACAGGAGACAGUCGACCGACUCUAAGUCUGAAAAGGGUGAUAAGACGGAAGGAGAAGGCAAAGAUGACAAGGACCAAAACGAGAGGACUGUCGUUAUGGACAAGUCCAAGGGAGAGCCUGUCGUCAGCGUCAAGACCAAAAGCAAAAGCAGGGAGAGGAGCUCCAAGAGUCGGAGUCGUGCGUCUUCCAGCAAGGAGAGAAGAGACAUCCUGACGUUUGCUCAGAUCAAGGCGCAGAGGAAGAGGGAGAAACAGAGGCAGCGGGAGCGAGAGAUGAGGGAAGCGGAGCGGUUCAGAUUCAAUUCCCUGCCUAGUGAUCGAAACCGUGACAACCCGUCAGAGCGCGAGCGGAUCCGUCUCUUCCGAGAACGGGAGGAGAGGAUGAUGACCAACCGGCGCUGGCUGGAGGUGGAGAAGCAGCGCCUGGAGGCAGACCGGAUGGAGCGGCAGUUCCUGGAGCGAGAGAGGAUGCGAAUCGAGUACGAGCGGCGCCGCGAGCAGGAGCGGAUAAUGAGGGAGCGCGAGGAGCUGAGGAGGCAGCAAGAGCAGCUGCGCUUUGAACAGGACCGGCGCCCCGUAAAGAGGCCGUACGACAUGGAUGGCAGAAAAGACGAUUGGCCCGAUAAGCGCAUGGCUAUGGAUGACCGCUUCGGCCGCUCAGACAUGGGGCGCCAGGAUCGCUAUCAGGACUUUGACCACAGGGAUCGUGGCCGCUUCCAAGACGAUGGACCGCACUUCUCAGAAAGACAUGGCAGAGAUUCCUGGGGCGGCGGCUACGACAAGCGCAUGAACCCAAGGGAGGGCGGUCGUGAUUGGGACUCUGGCCGAAAGAUGGACGGAGACCGUCCCUGGCAAGGUAGAGAUGGAGGCAUUCCAGGCCAGAGCCACAUGCCACGAGGAGGAAUGGCAGGCCGUGGCGGCUACAUGAACGCGGGAACAUCUCAGUCUCUGUCUGGAGCGCUGAACAGACAGAACCAAAUGAUGCAGGGCGGCGGGAUCCAGGGAGGAGCCUUCGGGCGACGCUACUGAUUCAUGUAAUGAUGUACAGUUUGAGAUGGUCAUUUUUUUUUUUUCUUCAUGGAUAUGAUGACGUCGCUUUUGUAUGUUUUUGUUUUUUUAUUGUUUUCUUUUUGCCACAAAUAUUUUUGCAACCCCCUCCUCCCCCGCUAGAUUUGUCUUGUUUUGAUGGUAGUGAUCUUCUCUGUAUGUUGUACAAAUUGACCAUUUUCAGUGUGUGAGUGAAUCCUCGACUGUAAUAAAUUCAGACGUUCAUUAGACGGCCGACCUCAGCACCAGUCUCCUGUUUCUCAGUCUGGCAGGUUUUAUUUUUUACAAGUCUUCAAUUCUCAUUAGACGGGCGUUUAUUUAGAGUCCAGGAGCUACAGCCUUCUGUAAGACUCUGUGCACAUAUGAGGGAUUUUAAACUGAAUGUCACAACUCUUCAAACUGCUUGUUUGCCUUUUCCGUUUGCAAUUGAAUUCUGAUUCGAAAACGUUAAGUCGGGUUGUUUUGAUUUCUGUGUGAUGUUUGGGGUAUUCCCGUUCCUCAUUCAAGACUUUUAAUAUUGGAUCCACUCAGAACGGCUCAUGUCUUGUUAAGUUUCCAGGGUGCAAUGAUAAUAAUAAAAACACUUUCAUCAUUUAA